AUGACUGACAUGGCUUCAACAUCCGCUGGAGCGCUUCGAGCGCUGGCAAUGGAAUUGAAGAACAUCGAGUCGCAACCAUUGGAAGGAUUCACCAUUUCGGCCAGCGAUGACAAUUUAUUCGUCUGGACUGUAGGAAUCUAUGGACCUCCAAAUACUCUAUAUCAGGGAGGAUAUUUCAAAGCUGUGAUACGUUUUCCGCCAAAUUAUCCCUACUCACCUCCGUCUAUGAAAUUCCUCACAAAAGUUUGGCAUCCAAAUGUAUAUGAGAAUGGAGAUCUUUGCAUUAGCAUUCUUCAUCCUCCAGUUGACGAUCCGCAUAGUGGCGAGUUGCCUUGCGAGAGAUGGAACCCAACCCAAAGUGUGAGGACUAUAUUGCUCUCUGUGAUUUCCUUGUUGAACGAACCAAACACUUCCUCACCAGCAAAUGUGGAUGCCUCUGUUAUGUAUCGAAAAUGGAAGGAAGGAACGGAUAUGAAUUAUGCUGAUAUCAUUAAAAAACAGGUUGAACUUUCAAAGGAGGAGGCCCGAAAGGAUGGUGUCACUGUUCCAGAAACCCUCGAAGAGUACUGUAUAAAAUUCCAUCCACAAAGUUGCGAUGAUCAAACCAUGGAGCUUCUUGAUCUAGAUGACGACAUGUGGAUUUGCGACUAUUUCAGUGCCUUUAGCAUGAGUCGGCGACAAAAUCCAUCCGAAUUUUUGAAGCAAAUAAUCGGGAAGCCGGUUGUGGUGAAGCUGAAUUCUGGUGUUGAUUAUCGUGGAAUCCUCGCCUGUCUCGACGGGUUCAUGAACAUUGCGCUGGAACAAACUGAGGAGUACAAUAACGGCCAGCUGCAGAACAAGUAUGGCGAUGCAUUUAUUCGUGGGAAUAACGUGCUGUAUAUUUCGACGUUGAAGCGGUAG